UCACGCAGGCGCACUCGGGAAGGGGGAAUAGCAGUUUGGGGAGGGGGGAGGCAUUAGGUCGCACGCGCUGAUCCCCCCCUCAGUUGAAUUGUGCGGUGAAAGGAGGAGGAAGAACAAGACAGCGGCAAGGCGGGAGGCCGCCGCCGCAGAAGCAGCAGUUGGAGCAAGCUCUGCUCCCCGUUUUCCUCCUCGUGUGGCGCGGCUCUUAGGCCCGGGAGGACGGACUCCCCCCUCGCCCUCUCCCCCCCUCUCCGCCCUGUGCGGCGGCGACGGCGGAGGCGGCGGCGGGGAGGAGGAGCAGGCCGGGGGAGGAGGGAUCAGUAGUACAAAAUGUCAAAAAUUAGAAGGAAGGUCACAGUGGAAAAUACCAAGACCAUAUCUGAUAGCACAUCCAGAAGACCCAGUGUAUUUGAAAGACUCGGACCCAGCACUGGAAGUACCGCAGAGACACAGUGCCGUAGCUGGCUGAAGACUGGCAACUGCUUCUAUGGGAACACAUGUAGAUUCGUUCAUGGCCCUUCACCACGAGGUAAAGGCUUUAGCAGCAGUUACAGAAGGUCACCAGAAAGGCCUACAGGGGAUCUUCGGGAAAGAAUGAAGAAUAAGCGUCAAGAAAUUGAAGCUGAACCACAGAAACAUAAUACAGAAGAGCAAUCUUCUCCUGUUAGGAAAGAGUCCUCAAGGGGAAGACACAGGGGGAAAGAAGAUAUUAAAAUUACCAAGGAGAGGACUCCAGAAAGUGAAGAAGAAAAUCCUGAUUGGGAUACAAAUAGAGACGAUUCUGAUAACGGAGACGUUAAUUAUGAUUAUGACCAUGAGCUGUCUUUGGAAAUGAAGCGCCAGAAGAUCCAGAGAGAGUUAAUGAAGCUUGAAGAAGAAAACAUGGAGAAAAGGGAAGAAAUAGUAAUCAAAAAGGAGAUUUCUCCAGAGGCUGUUGGAUCGAAAUUAUCCUCACCUUCACCCAGAAAAUCUAGCAAGUCUCCAAAACUAAGGUCAAGCCCCAAAUCUUCCUCAGCUAGUAAGAGGGAGAAGAAGACUCCUGCAGUGUCUUCACCCAUCUUGGACCAACAGAGGAGUUCAAAAACCAGCCACAGUAAAAAGAAAGGUCCUCGUACACCUAGUCCUCCACCACCAAUACAAGAAGAGACUGCGCAAGGAAAGAAACACAAGGAAAAACAUAAAGCUAAAGAACGGUUAGAAGAGAAGCCAAGGGAGGUAAAAGAGAGAGGCCGUGACUUUGAAAGACAUAAUAAAGAGAAGAAAGAGAAGCAGAGAGAUCCCUCAGAAGGUUCUCAUAGACAGAGACGUUCGCCUAGUCCAGAAGAACAUUCUGGUAGUAAUUCUUCUCCUUCAAGAGAAUAUUCUCCUAGCACAAGGAGAAGGCAAACAUCUUGGGCUCCAUCUAAAUCCAGCAGCCAUAAACAUUCCUUUUCACCAUCUUGCAGGUCUGCUUCACCACCAACUCAGCAUCAGUCUCCUGUAUCCUCAAGACAUCACUCUUCUUCAUCUCAGUCAGGAUCGUCUAUACAGAGGCGCUCUCUUUCACCACGUCAUAAAAGAACUCCUUCUCCCUCAUACAAAAGGACUGCUUCCCCACCUGUAGGCCGUUCCUCAUCGCCUUAUCCUCAUCGUACUUCCCCUUCUCCUCAGCAAAAACAGACCCCUUCAAGACAUCGUUCACCAGUUAGAGAGAGAAGCCGGCAUGAUCGUGAACGGGUUUCACAAUCGCAUGAUCGUGAACGGGCUUCACAAUCGCAUGAUCGACGCCAUGAAAGGAGGGAUGAGACCAGAGGAAAAAGAGGGAGAGAGAGAGACACCCGAGAGGAACGUGACUAUGACCAAGAGCAGAGUACUCCCAGGGACCACAGAGAUGAUCGAGAAUCUCGGGAUGGGCGGGAUCGAAGGGAAACAAGAGAUAACAGAGAACGUAGGGAUUUAAGAGACUCUCGGGACACUCGGGACUCACGUGACUCAAGGGGUUGCAGCAGAGACAAUAAAGAAGGUCGUGAUCAGCGGGAUCUGCGUUCUGCACGAGACUCGCAUGAUUACAGAGACAGAGAGUGUCGAGACACUCAUAAAAAGGAAGAGCAAUAUUUGGAGGAAGCCCGUAGCUAUGGAAGAAGCCAUGCCAGAGAAGAGAGCUCUCGUUCUGAAACAAGGACAGACUCAAGAAGUGAAGCUAGAAAUGAAUCUAGAACUUCUGGAAGGAGUAGAGGGAGAGGACCUGAGAUAUCAGACAAAGGUAGUCGAGGAGCAAGGGGGUCUCAGGUUGAUAGCCACAAUGCUAGUAGUAGCUACCAUGACAGCUGGGAAUCACGGAGCAGUUAUCCUGACAGGGAUCGCUAUGAAAAUCGUGAACAUGCAAGGGAUUCUUCUUUUGAAAGAAGACAUGGAGAAAGAGACAAGCGUGACAACAGAGAGAGAGAUCAAAGACCGAGCUCACCAGUACGACACCAGGGAAGAAAUGAUGAUGUUGAGCGUGAUGAAAGAUUAGAAGAACGAAGGGUAGAUAGAGGUGAAGACAGAAGAGAUGAAAGACCCAGGGAGCGGGAAAGGGAGCGAGAAAGAGAGAGAGAGAGAGAAGCUGAACGUGAUCGUGCCCGUGAACGAGAACGUGAGAGAGAAAGGGAUAAAGAGAGAGAACGAGAACGGGACAGGGAUCAUGACCGGGAAAGAGAACGGGAACGUGAGCGAGAACGGGAGCGGGAACGGGAGCGGGAACGAGAGAGGGGGCGGGAAAGAGAUAAGGAAAGAGAACGUCAGAGAGAAUGGGAUGACAAAGAGAGAGGAAGAGAAGAACGCAGAGACAAGAGAGAAGAUAUCCGGGAAGAAAGAACCACACGAGAUAGCCGUGAAGAGAGGAAGUCAAAAAAACGCCAUAGAAAUGACAGUAGCCCCAGCCCUCGUAAGUCACCUAAGCGUCGCCGUGAACAUUCCCCUGAUAGCGAUGCCUACAACAGUGGAGAUGAUCAAAACGAAAAACGCAGAUUACUGAGUCAGGUUGUACGACCUCAAGAAUCACGCUCACUUAGUCCUGCGCACCUUUCAGAAGACAAGCAGAGCCGAUGGAAAGACAGUGACCGAAAGCCGGAGAAAAAAGACAGCUCCAGACAUUACGAAGAAACUGACUUCAAAGAGCGAGGUUCUUCUGGGGACAAACAGCGGGAGCCGCGAGAAACUAUUGAAAGUUCAAGGAGCAGUAGGGUCCAAGAGAAUGUAAGUAACCGGGCUUCUGAAGAACGAGAGGCUGCUGAUCACGUGCAUGAAGAUAAGAAAAAAGUUAAAAUCCAGAAAAAGACUACAAAGAAAAAGAAAGACGAUGACGUUGCAUUAGAGCGCUAUGUCAGUGAGCCGGCUCCAGAGAAAACCCAAGUCUUUUCUCCCAAGAAAAGUCAGAAAAAGAAAAACGCUGAAAAGAAGCGCAAAAGAUCAAAAGGAGAUUCUGAAGCUUCUGAUGAAGACGGUGGCCCACAGCCGAAAAAGAAAAAAGGGCCAAGGACGCCUCCUGUAACCACAAGGGAGGAGUUGGUAGAAGCGGCACCUGAGAAAUCUGUGGUCGUAGAAGCUGCACCCAAAAGAGAGGAUACAACGUUUAGUGACUGGUCAGAUGAAGAUGUUCCAGAGCGUGGAGAACCUAUUCUGGAAAGGAAUUCUGAGGAACCCCACAGAAGCAGCCAUCACACAAGGAAUGAAACUGUGGAGACCUCUCAUGUGGUUGAAGAAACCCCUCACCUCAAACCGGCCGAACAGGAGCGCAGCAGCAGCCUUUGUAGUAAUCAAAGCCGUACCUCAAGUCGACUCAGAUCACCCUCCAAUGAUUCUGCACAUCGUAGUGGAGAUGACCAGACUGGCAUGAAGAAGAUCCUGCAUAGCACCUCCGCUGACAGGGAGAGAAGGUGUCUAGAAAUUGCCGGAGAGCGGAAGUCAAGAAUUGAUCAGCUGAAACGAGGGGUUCCCAGCCGCAGCACCUCUUCAGAUCGACAGGAUUCAAGGAGCCACAGUUCUAGGCGAAGUUCUCCUGAAUCGGAUCGCCAAGCUCAUUCCAGAUCUGGGUCCUUUGAUAGCAGGGAGAGAGUGCAGGACAGAGACAGGCAUGAGCAUGACCGGGAACGGGAUCGAGAAAGGCGUGAUGGGAGGCAGAGAGAUUGGGACCGAGAUACAGCUAAAGACUGGUUAAGGAGCAGAGAGCGUGACAGAAUUCGUGAACGAGAAAGACAACGGGAAAAACGAAGGGAUACAGACCGUGAAAAAGAGAGGCCGCUUCCUGAGAACCCUGAAAGAGACCGAGCUCUCAGUACUUCUGCUCAAACAGAGUUAUCCAAGCACAGUGAAACAAAACCAGGCAAAGAGCAUCAGGAGUUUGAGGUGGUCUGUUUGGACUCUACAUCCCUCGAGAAGGAAAAGCUGGAUAAAGACUUGGGACCUUUGCAAGGAUUUGAAGAUGGGGUGGAAGCUGAGAAAGUGGAAAACAUAGAAGGUGGAGAUGAUGAAGUCAAAAUGGAUGAUAUGCAGUCAAUGGGAUCUGGUGCUGGAGAAUAUGAACCAAUCAGUGAUGAUGAACUGGAUGAAAUUUUGGCAGGUGAUGCUGACAAGAGGGAGGAUCAGCAGGAUGAGGAGAAGAUGCCAGAUCCUGUGGAUGUAAUAGAUGUAGACUGGUCUAGUCUAAUGCCAAAGCAGCCAAAAGAGCCACGAGAGCCUGGAGCUGCUCUUUUAAAAUUUACUCCGAGUGCUGUUAUGUUGAGAGUUGGAAUUUCUAAACAAUUGGCUGGCCCUUCGCUCUUCACCAAAAUUAAAGAAACAUGUCAGAGAAGUGUGGAAAAACCUAAAGAUGCAGAGAACUUAUUUGGACAUGAAUUUGGAGCCCUGAACAUGGCUGCCCUCCUGAGAAAAGAAGAACGAGCUGGCCUGCUGUGUAAUCUUGGUCCUUGUUGUAAGGCCCUAUGUUUUAGGAGAGAUUCUGCAAUCCGCAGGCAGCUAGUGAAGAAUGAAAAGGGCACAACAAAACAAACCUACACAAAUCCCCCAGUAGUGGACAAUGAGUUACUUCGGUUAAGUCUACGACUGUUUCAACGCAAGACUGUGCGCCAGAGUUCUGGACAAGAAAAGUCAGAGGACGCUAAACUUUCACAACCAUAUAUUCCAGAAAUAUGCAUGUCCUGAACCAGGGCCAUGAUCUUUUGGUCUUUUCACUGUUUGAUAAUAUUGAUGUUUCCAUCUUUAUUCCUGUGAAGUAUGAUCGUGCUAGAAGAAAAUACUUUCUAUACGUAUAGUGUGCAUUAUGUGAUGGGAAAACAAAGAAGGUCAUUCGUACAAACGUUCAAAGACCUUUUUGUUCAGUUUACUGCAUGUUUUAUUACAUCUAACCCUGGAUCUUAUUUAAUAACUCACUUGUAUGUAAGAGUGUGAAGAUGUCCAUUUUUGGAGACAUGUUUUGUCACCUGCUAUUAAAUUUUUAAGAAGAAAAAAUUUGAUUUUUUUAACGUGUAUAAAGUUUCUUCUGCAAAAUUUUCUUAUCAAUAAGAUUUUUUACAUUUAGUGCUAAGCUGUGGUUCAUUUAGUCUCUACUUCAUCCAGAAUUAUUCAAGUAAAAAAAUACAUAUUAACUUCACAAAGUCUAGUUUACUUGAUGUGUGAACAUUGUAUUUUUUAAUUUAGUUUUGAAUUAGCACAAUUUGAAAAAUAUGACCUGCUGAUAUCAGUGGAAAUUACAUAUUUUUACUUGGAAUCUGUUGUUAAUAAUGUAUGUACUAGUUCUUUUUACAGGUAUACCAUGAAAUGUAUUGCUUUUAUAAUAUAGCUGCUUCUGUCUUCCUACUACAAGCACUUCUCCAACCAAGGGUAGUGUCCUUGGUUGGCCAGUAAAAGGCAUAAAUGUCCCAGGGAACAUGGAUAGGGUGAAGAACCACCCCUUCCCUCAGAAUAGUCAAGUACAAUUUAGAUUAAUAAUAAUUCCCAUAAAAAUGAAAUUAAUUGUUCCUCUAAAGGAGAGGAAGAGGGAAGAAAUAAGUGAAUGGAAACAUUCAAAUUGAUUAUAAAAGAUCAAUGUGAUAUGUGUGAUAUGAAUGUGACCUCCCUUGUGGUGUUUAAGAUGAAUUACUUGGAGUUGUUCCUUAUGGCUACCUGUCUCACUCUGGAUAUACCUGUUUACUUUUGCUGACUGAAGUGCUGAUGUUUCAGAUUAUACCACAGUAUACCAUCAUAUGAUUACCAGACAAUGGAGGGAGACUAUUUGUGUUCAGAGGUUUCUGCCCAAAGGUGGGGGAUCAUUCAAUACCAUCACAUAAAGGUGUCACUGGCAUAAUUUAAUGUAAGCAAGAUUUGAAUGAUAAAGUACAUGAACCCGUUGAGCCUCUACCUGCAUAUCCUGUGAGUUGUCAUAAGAAUACAAUAACUGUCUUGCUGCACCAGACCAGGCCUAUCUAACCCAGUGUUCAGUUUCCAGCAGUGGCUGGCUAGUGGCUGGAUGCUUACAAACAGAGGGUAAAGGUGAUUGGCUAGUCCCCUGUUGGUCAUGAUUCUCAAAGAUAUACCUCUCUGCUUGGAGAUUACAUUUAGCUAUCUUGGCUGAUAGGAUCUAUUUCCAUGAGGAUGUUGUAUACACCAAUAUACAUGCCAUUAAUGCAUUUCCAGAUUGACUUGUGGGAUGUUCCUUGGAGAAAGAAGCUUGACAUCUGACAAUUUGUAUUUCAAUUUAUUUAUAAAGCCAUGUGAAGGAAAUAAAUUCUAGACAUCAUAUUUAUAUUGCAUAAAGACAUGGGAUAAGUACAUGGGAGGAUCCAACUGUUACUGAAAUUAAAACACUAAGCAUCUUGAAUUAGGCUGCC